ACUUUCUUGCUUAUUCUCAACAAAAUCUACAGCUUUGCUUUUGGCCCCCCCUCCUUAUGUCCCCUCCACUUCCAUCCUCUCUCAAAUACUCCCAUGGCGUCACCUAAUUAGUACCCCAAAACAUAGUGAGAAUGAAAAAGGGAAUCUUUCAUUUCAUCACUUCAAAAUUCUCCAACACAUCCACUCUCUGAAUCCACAGCAGGUUCUUGAAAAUCCCAUUUGCUGGUUUUUGAUAUGUAGUGAGAAUGAGUGCUAAUAAUAAUAGUACAAGUAGUGGUGGCGCUGCUGCAAAUGCAAAUGCCACAGCCACCAAAUUCAUCAAAUGUGUCACUGUUGGUGAUGGUGCAGUUGGGAAGACAUGCCUUCUCAUCUCCUACACCAGCAACACAUUCCCAACUGAUUAUGUGCCUACUGUGUUUGAUAAUUUCAGUGCCAAUGUGAGUGUUGAUGGGCACACUGUGAAUCUUGGCUUGUGGGAUACUGCUGGCCAAGAAGACUACAACAGAUUGAGGCCUCUCAGUUACAGAGGGGCAGAUGUGUUCCUCCUGGCUUUCUCUCUCAUAAGUAGACCAAGCUUUGAAAACAUUUCAAAGAAAUGGGUCCCGGAGUUGCGGCACUAUGCCCCCUCAGUACCCAUUGUUCUUGUGGGGACAAAGCUAGAUCUAAGAGAGGACAAACAAUUCAAAAAGGAUUAUCCGGGGGCAAGCACUAUUUCGACAGAACAGGGUGAAGAGCUCAGAAAGCAAAUUGGAGCUGUGGCCUAUAUCGAGUGCAGUGCCAAGACGCAACAGAAUGUGAAGGGUGUGUUUGAUGCAGCGAUAAAAGUAGUUCUGCGGCCGCCUAAACUCAAGAAACACAAGAGAAGGUAUCCAUCGUGUCGCCUACUUUGACAACGGAGAAGCACUGCUGAAACUCAAAUUCAGAACCAUCUAUGCUUUUGGCAUAGCACAAAGGAUGUGAUAUGUUCUACUAUUGUUUGCUAAUGCUUUCUAGCUCCAUUGUUAUUACACAUGCUGGUAUUCAUUUCUCUUUCUAAGGAGCUUGUGUGGUUUUUUUAAUUACACCCCUAUAUAUCUAUGUAUGCAUUAACAUCUAUGUGUAUAUCAUGUUACUAGUUUUUAUCUUCA